AAUCCACCACCCCCAAACCCAUCACAAAACCACAGUUCGAUCCCUGCUUCACCCUACCCAUCCCUCCCAGCCCGCAAAUCUCCCAUUCGGCAGUGAACUCAAAGAAAAAAGAAUGUACGCCGCAGCCAUUAGUUUCUGAAAUUCCUCAUGGUGAAAAGCGGACCAGAAACCCCAAAUUGCGGCUUGGAAACAAAGAAAGUAAUUGUUUGUUGUACACAUGUCUCUCCAAGGUAAAUAAAGCAGUGUCGUGAGCCUCUCGACCAGAACCUUCAUGCCUUUAACAAGAACUUGUGCCUGCCUUUAUGAUGGAGAAGAGCGGGAAAGGAAAGGAAUGGAAUCAGGUAGCCGCGAGAGAUGUUCUCGUAAUGUUUGCUAUGGGAGAGUAUUCGAGGAAGGGGAUUUUUUCUUUGUUGGAUUGCUUGUGCUGGGAGUGUUGGUUGGGUUGAAAGGUGAGCACACAGCGGAGGGCGUUGAGACGACGCUUUCGUAUGGGUUUUGCGGUCUGACCUUUUACCAGGUGAUCAUCAUUGGAGAAUGGGUUGUCUCUUUUGGUUUGGAAGUGAAGGGAUUGGGGGGAAGGGUUGUCUGUGACUGGAAGUUGAAUUGGGUCUGGGACGAGGGGGAGGAGUCAAGUAGGAAGUUAUGGGACGUGCCUUGUGUUAGCUCAGCUCGGUGUGAAGGGUUAGUUGGAGGUGAGUAUUGAUUGUUGACAAUAAGAGCGAAGAGAGCAUCAUGUAGGUAUCAGUGUCGUUGCUGCUAUCAUUCAGCAGACGCGUCUGUCGCGGUAGAUAGAUAGAUAUAGAAACAGGAGAGCGUGUGUGUAUGUUGUUAAAGGU